AGAGAGAGAGAGAGAGAGAGAGAGAGAGAGAGAAAUUUAAAAAAAUGACAGUAAGUUUUGAGGUUAGAGGAUAUUUUCAUUGAAGUUAUAAUUUUUUAAUAAAUCAUGUCAAAAGUAAGUGCCAGACUGAAAACAGCAAAAAAAGUAGUUGAGAAGGUACAACAUGGUAAAUUAAGGACAAAUAUUCCAGCUGGAAUGGCUGCUGCGGGCCCUCCGCUGGGUCCAAUGCUGGGUCAAAGGGGAGUAAAUAUAGCAGCGUUUUGUAAAGAUUUCAAUGAGAGAACAAAAGACAUUAAAGAAGGAAUUCCCCUACCAACUAGAGUUACUGUAAAUCCUGAUCGGAGUUAUGAGAUGGUCAUUCAUAAGCCCCCUGUUGUUUACUUUCUAAAGCAAGCUGCAGGCAUUCAACGAGCUGCUAUGGAACCAGGCAGAGAAAUAUCUGGAAAGAUAACAUUAAAACAUGUAUACGAAAUUGCCAAAAUCAAGCAGGAAGACCCUACACUAGAAGUGAAAACAUUGGAAGAAGUAUGUAAAAUGAUUAUUGGAGUUGCUAGAUCAUGUGGAAUUGAAAUUGUUGAAAAACAGGAUCCCAAAGAGUAUGGAGAAUUUUUGGCAGAAAGGAAAGUGGUAGAAGAAAAUCAGAAAAAAGAAUUGCAGGAAAAGAAGGAAGCAAAAAUGUUGAGAACAGGGUAAUGUUCAAGUCAGUCAAUUUAUUGGACUACUUUCACUUGAACUGUUUUGUUGAACUACAUGAUGAAUCAUGGAUUAACCAAUCAACAUAAUUCUGUGUAUAUAGUUUUUAUUCUCUGUAGUGUCCAUAUUGGGUUCUUCAAGAAUAAAUAGAGAAUUUUUUCUUUCA